CCUCCAUCUAACUUACGGCACACACAUCUUCACCCCUCACUUGUCAUGGAGGAGCCUUGCACAAUUGAGAGUCACAUGCUUUCGAGACAGUCGGAUGGCAGUUCGAGAUCCUCCAUGAGCUUGGACCCAGCUCUAUGUACCGUAAAGCCCCGCAUCAGUGACAAUAGCUUCGUCGCUCAUCCCGAAGACGACAUAAGUGCUUGUCUCGCUGUAUCUCACGAGAUGUAUUCUUGCGAGACUUUAUCUCACAGAACUAUUGACCUAACUCCGUAUGAGGAAGCCACAAGUCAGAAACUCAGCAAGUGUCACGUGACACACCCUGAGGAGGACACCAGUGCAGAGAUCAGCCUUGAAACAUAUCCACAGAAGGCUACCAGCAUCGAAAGUGCAAGGUACACCAGGAUCAGUGGCAACUGGCUUCGAACUCAUCCAGUUGACGAUCAAAACAGCCUUUAUACCUGUCCGCUGUCUCUGAAAGAUGACCUCUCCCAAAGUGUGAGUCUGACUCACGUAUCCCAUCCAGACGUUAGCAGCAACAGCAACAGCCUUAUCGGAAUUGCCAACAUCUUCACCAGCGAGCUACCACCCGAGUCUGUAACGUGUUACAGUAUGGGAAACAAGUCUUUUGUUCCUCAUUCUUUGGAGGACACAGUCGCCAUUUUCGAUAGGACAGAUGAUGUUUUAGCUGAAGACACAACCUUUCGUAAGAUGGUAGAUGGCAGCAGCAGUAUCGGCAGCCAAGCGGAUGAUGACCAUGGCGAGAGUCUGACCUUCAGGAAAACCUUCGACCCAGACACUAGUCACGUAGAGGCAGAGCGUUCAUGUUCACUAUACGAGCCUGUCCUGUACUCUGACACAAGUUUCCACAGCCUCAACGUUAGAGACCAAGGAGGGGUCCUAGAGGACGCUUCACGUAGGAGGCCAAUGUCACACAGCCCCGCAGGAGCAGGUAUUGUCGGUUCAAACAUUCAGUACCCAGUGAUAUGCCAAAAUCGCCCGAUUGAAACGGAUGUUGACUAUAUCAUGCAUGAUGCAGUUGCCACCGCCAACCCUAACAGCAUCAAUGGACCGGCAUCUACUGAUGAUUUCUCCAUAUGUCCAUAUGGCAGAGAAGAUCUCUCACCAUAUGCAGUUGCGACCGCCAUCCCUAACAGCAUUAAUGGACCAGCAUCAAUUGCCGAUCUCUCCAUAUGUCAGGAUAGCACAGAAGACCCUACACCAUGUAUAAUCAUUACAACGAUGCGGGCACACACCACACGGCCAGAUGAAUCCCGAACCACAGGCCUUGCCCCCCAACAUGGCGUGUACAGGGUCCAGUUUGACAUGGACCUAAACUACUGUACGUACAGCUUUCUAUUUAUACCUCAGUAG